AUGGCGAAGUGGGUUUUCACUCUCUUCUUGGUUCUUGCCCUAGCCUCAGCUAUCGCUUGUGGCGCAAGAAACGUCCCAGGAGGGCUCUCUGACCAGAAGAACUACCUCGGAUACGGUGGCGGGUACUCCGGCAUUGGAGACAAUGGUUUACCUUUCGGUGGCAUCGGUGGAGGUGUGUCUGGUCCCGGUGGUAACCUCGGUUUUGGUGGACUUGGUGGUGCUGGUGGAGGACUAGGCGGUGGCUUAGGAAAUGGGAUAGGCGGUGGCUUAGGAAAUGGGAUAGGCGGUGGUUUGGGAAAUGGAUCAGGCGGGGGCUUAGGCGGUGGUAUUGGUGCCGGAGCGGGUGGAGGAAGUACCGGAGGAGUUCAUUUCCCUUGA